AUGGACGCAGGAGGAGCAGGACACGAUAGUUCUGAUGACAUCCAAACCCAAGUUUUUAAGACAACCCUUGCCGAAAUAGAAACAUUUCGAGAAAACCCUGAGGAUUCUGCCGAGUCCCGCGACUGCUGCGUCAUCUGCCUCGACUCCAUCUCCGACCCUUGCGCCGCUCUCCCGUGCGGCCACACCCACUUCGACUUCCUCUGCCUCGUGAGCUGGUUACAGCAACACCCAAACUGCCCGUUAUGUAAGGCAAACGUCUACAAAGUCCGCUGUGCGGACGCCCAGAAAACAGAAGCAUUCUACCGCGUGCCCAACACCCCGAGGACUCGCGAUGAACGAGAUGAGGGGGCGGUAGACCAGAAUACACUCCUCGACACAGCAUCCCGAAGAAGAUUCACAUCUCACAAUGGAUUGCUGCGGGAAACACAGAGGAGGGGGCCGAGACCGCCACCCACCGUGGACGAAGCCAUCCAGCGCCGCCGCGACGUCUACCAGUACCAGCUAUACUCCCUACACAUAGGAUCCAACCGAAUAUCCCGCUACCGCCCUCCCCCAACGCCCGUACAGUUCGCCACGACACCACACCUGGUCUCACGCGCCCGCCUCUGGAUCCGCCGCGAACUGCAGGCCUUCUCCUUCCUCUCCGAACCCCCCACCACCACUAAUAACACCAAUAACACCAAUAACACCGCCAACACCAACGCCGAAUUCCUCCUCGAAUACAUCAUCGCCAUCCUCAAGACAGUCGACCUCCAGGACAGCGCGGGCCAGGCCGAGACAAUGCUAGCCGAUUUCCUCGGCGGGGCGGCCGCGGCGCGCCUGUUCCUGCACGAGCUGCGCAGCUGGCUGCGCAGUCCCGCGGCGGGGCUGGCGGCGUGGGAUCGCGAGGUGCAGUACCCCGCCCGCGAAGCGCGUGAUCGUGAUCGUGAUCGUGGUCGUGGUCGUGGUAGUGCGGAUGAGGGCGUCGAGGAGGGUGGUGACGAUGACGAUGAUCGGGGUGGGGCUGGUGAGGAUGGGCUGGGGGGGAGGUCGUGGCGGGAUCGGGGAGGGGAUCAUUGGCGGGCUGGGGCCUAUGUGGGAGAGGGAGGGAAGAGGAAGAGGAGGGAGGAUGAGGUGGGUGAGGGGAGGGUUGACCGGCCGAGGAGGUGA